GAGUCGCUGCAGCUCUGUAAUUCCUAUUCGGGCCUUCUCCUGCCCAGGGAACACCACACCCUCACUCCGUGUGAUCUGUGGCUCGCUUUUCUGUCUCUGUACAGCUUGCUGACUUAAGGAACGAGGAAGAAAUACUCACACCCACGCAGAGCUUAUCACACACCUGGACUUUGCUCACCAACCUGAGUGUCUCCUUCAAAGGGAGGGAGGCAUCUUACCAGGUCACAGACUUGAGCCUAACACCGGAGCCCGAGCAGAAGAGGCCAUGUAAGAGGGUCCUCACCUGCAGUGUGGUUACUGACACUCCGUGAUGGGGGCCAGCGUGUGGGCAGCUCUGGGACUCUCCCUGACCUGCAUCUCGGCCCUUAGCCUCGUCUCCCCUGCCUGGUUCCAGAGCCCCACCUUCUCCUUUGGUGUCCUCACCUACUGCUCCUGGCCUCAGGCUGACAGCUGGAACCAGAGCUGUGGGACCUUCGGGUCCCUGGAUGAUAUUCCUAACUUUGCCUGGAAGGCUGCAGCUGCGCUUCUCCUUGGAGGCUGGCUCCUGUUGGCCUUCAAUGCAAUUGUCCUUCUGUCCUGGGCCCUGGCCCCCAAGGAGCUGUGCCGGAGGAGGGGCGGCAGCAAAACACUGGGGGUGCAGGCAGCUGCAGUGGCCAUCACCGUUGUGGGCCUGCUGGUUUUCCCCAUCGGCCUGGCCUCCCCAUUCGCCAAGGAGGCCUGCAGAACUUCCUCUGUGUACCAUGGUGGACAGUGCCAGCUGGGCUGGGGCUACGUGACCGCCAUCCUCAGUGCCGUCCUCGCCAGCCUGCUGCCCAUGAUCGGGUGGCCGCGUGUGACCCAGGUGCCGGGCAGGGCCAUCCACUUCUCCAGCAACAGGGAGAAAAUCACUGUCAUGCCCGAAGGGAGCAAAUAAAAUUUUCCCAGGAGGAGCAAAAAGAGCCCAUGUUGAAACUGUAUGGAAUCGCCACACACCCGGGAUCAUGUCCCACUUCCGCUGCUCCCUGGGACUUCAGGCCGGCCCCUCACCUCUUCGGACCUGUGAGUUCUUCUGUAAAAUGGGGCGGUGGACACUGCCACUUCAUCUGGUGGUUAUUUUGGGAACUCAGGGACCCUAAGGCCAUGACUAGGAAACCAUCCCCAUCUGGGGUGACCGGGGACAUGGUAUAGACACUGUGUGCAAAACGGCCUGACUGAUUUCCCGGCCUGGAUCCACACCCCUUUCCGAUGUCACUUUUCAAAGCCACCUGUCCAGUGGUGGGGUCUGCUCCCCUGUUGCCUGAGUUGGAGCUCAGCCAGGAGACAUGCUUGCCCAAGAGAACACGGGGACAUGACUCCACGCCAGUCCCCAGCCUGGGCCCCCAGAGGCCAUGCACCCCUCUGCUUGGCCUCUCGGGACCUGCCAUCGUGGCCACGGAAACGAGCCCGGGUGCCCGCUGGAGGACAGACACAGGGCCCAGCACCCCCCCACGGCCCCAGCCAGCAGCUUGCAAGUGUCGGAAGCCACCCUGCCCAGCUGGCUAUCAGCUGGCCCAGAUGCACGAGGAAGUCCAGCAGAGACCAGAAGAACCCCCUGCUGACCACAGCCUGUGCUGUUGACACGCAGAAUCACAAGCUAAAUAAAUGUUUGUUCUAAGCCACUGGAUCGGCGGUGGUUUGUCAGG